AUGGCAAACAAGCAUGUCCAGAGACCGAUCCACCGAGCAUGGUGGAGGGAAAGCUCCGUCUACCAGAUCUGGCCGGCCUCGUUCAAGGACUCCAAUAACGAUGGCGUCGGCGAUAUCCCCGGCAUAGUGUCGAAACUAGACUACAUCAAGAAGCUCGGGGUCGAUAUCAUCUGGAUGUCGCCUGCAUACAAAUCGCCGCAGGUGGACAUGGGAUACGAUAUUUCGGAUUACUACAGCAUGCACGCUCCGUACGGCACGGUCGAGGACGUUGAUCGUCUGAUUGAAGGCUGUCACUCGCGAGGCAUGAAGUUCCUGAUGGACCUGGUUGUCAACCAUACCAGUGACCAGCACGAGUGGUUCCAGAAAUCGCGCAGUUCCAAGGACAAUGAGUAUCGCAACUGGUACGUGUGGAAGCAGCCCAAGUACGAUGAGCAGGGCAACAGACAGCCGCCGAAUAACUGGAUUUCCCAUUUCCAAGGCAGCGCAUGGCAGUACGACGAACUCACCGGAGAAUACUACCUACAUCUGUACGCCGUCGAGCAACCCGAUCUCAACUGGGAACACCCCCCGGUGCGCAAAGCUGUCCAUGAUAUUGUGCGCUUUUGGCUAGACAAGGGAUGUGAUGGGUUCCGAAUGGACGUGAUCAAUUUUAUAUCGAAGAACCAGGACUUCCCCGAUGCCCCAAACAAAGACCCGAGUCAGAUCUGGCAGUGGGCGGAUAUCCACUAUGCCAAUGGACCGCGACUGCACGAAUACCUGCAAGGGUUAGGCCAAAUUCUGAAAGAGUACGACGCCUUUAGCGUGGGCGAGAUGCCGUUUGCAAAGAAACUCGACGACGUUUUGAAAGCCGUGCGCUACGACCGACAUGAAAUCAACAUGAUCUUCGAUUUUGCACAUGUCGACAUUGAUCACGGCCCGUACGACAAAUUUGUAGAAGGGCCCUGGAAGCUUACUACGCUGAAGAGCAUGUUUGAGAAAUGGCAGACAUUCAUGUACGAGAAUGACGGAUGGAAUGCUUUGUAUUGGGAAAACCAUGACCAGCCCCGCUCGAUUGACCGGUAUACAAACGCCAAACCGGAGGACUCGACCAUUGCGGGCAAAAUGUUGGCUACGUGUCUUGCUUUGAUGUCUGGCACUCCGUUUGUCUACCAGGGACAAGAACUAGGCAUGCGCAAUGUGCCUCUGGAAUGGCCUAUCGAGGAAUACCAGGACAUAGACUGCAUUAACCACUGGAAGGGACACCUAGCCACGGAGGCCAACAACACCGCCGCGCUGGACGAAUAUCGCAGGCAGUACCAGAAGAAAUCCCGAGACAACGCCCGAACGCCAGUGCAAUGGUCGUCCGAGCCCAAUGGUGGUUUCACGGGCGCAGGCGUCAAGCCAUGGAUGAGCGUGAAUCCCAACUACGCGGAGAUAAACGCCGAGUCACAGGUAUCCGAUCCGAGCUCGGUAUUUAGCUACUGGCGAUCUGUGCUGGGGCUGCGCAAGAAGUACCUCGACAUCUUUGUGUAUGGCGACUUUGUGAUGCUGGACAAGACCAGCGAGGAGGUGUUUGCGUAUACGCGACAGUACGAGGACCAGCAGGCUCUGGUGCUCUGCAACUUUACAGACAAAGCACUCAAGUGGGACCCGGCGGCGAAUGCGGUCGGCAAGGUGCAGGAUGUCUUGCUCAACAGCUACGGAGUGAGCGAGAAGUACCAGGACGAGACAUGGGCACUGCGGCCAUUUGAAGCGACAGUCCUGCUUGUUACUCCGACAGCCUAG